UAGUUUAUGAAGCAAAAUAGAGAAGAGAGAAGUUAGUUUAACAAACACAUGUUAAUCUUUAUACAUUUUAGCUUCACUGUACAUUUUUAAGUACAUUCAUGUAGCUCAGUUGAUUUAAUUGAUUUUCAAACUGACCCUUUAUCUUGUUUUCCAGUGUGUGAAAGGUCUCUGAGCAACUAAGAGUUCCAUCUGCCCCAUCUGCAGGUCUAAUGAGUGUGUGAUCAGUGACGAAAAGGUGCUCAGAAUCAGCCAUCAUACGUUUCCACACAGGAGGGGCCCUUGUUUCCUGGAAGAUGGGAGCCUCACGCUCACAGGGGACCGGGACAAGGGUGUUAUUGUGCAGAGAGACAGAAGCUAAACUCAACCUGAUCGCUGCUCCACCAAUCACAGUGCUGGAGUGGGCAGGUAUCCUCUGUCUGCCCUCUGGGAGAAGAAGUCAACGGUCAGCAGAGACAGAGAGCACCUGUUUGACGGAGAGGACAGAAGGAGGAGCGCUUCCCCCUGGACCACUCAGUCUCCUCCCUGUGCCUAUUGGUGCGUACACUGAGACGCGCAUCCACGCCCGCUCUCGCAACGCACAGAUGCUAGAGCCGUGGAGAGAGACGCACCGAACUCGUUGAAACUGAACAGAGUGAAGACUGUGGGAGAAGAUCUUCUGGCUUAUGUCUAUCCAUGACACGGAGACCGAGGAGAACGAUGCUUAGAACCGGUCUGACUGCGACCUAAAGAUCUGUUCGCCAUCCAAUCUGGCACCAUUUGACACGUUUGAUAAGAUAGAGGAGAAUCCGAGCUGCGCGCGUCACUCAGCGCACUCUUCAUCCUAAAGUCUUGUUUGACGUCUACUCCUGGUUUCUUCUGGACACGAUGUGGAAAACCGGGGUUCUCCUGGUCCCGGGGCUGCUGCUGGUCCUGGUCUCCGCUGAACUCCAACAGGAGGAAGAGGGAUCACGGAGACUCCCCCCGCCAGUAAAGUUGGAUUUCGGUUAUGUGCCAGCAGGACUUUACGAGACAGUGGCACACUACGAGCCCGGUCCGAUCGGGAUUCUGUUCCAAAUGGUGCAGGGGUUUCUGUGCGCGGUGCAGCCCAACGCUUUUCCACAAGAACUUAUCGUUGAUCUUGUGAAGGGAAAGUUUGAAGCCUUCCAGAGAGAAUAUCAUAAGCCAGAGAACAUAGUCCUGACCCUACAGGCCAUCUACUACGAGAUAGGCUUCCUCGUGUGUGCAGCGGUUGGCCUCCUCUUCACCGUACUGAUGCCAGUCGUCGGCCUCUUCUUCUGCAUGUGCCGCUGCUGCGACAACUGUGGUGGAGAAAUGCACCAGCGCCAGAGGAAGAAUGCAGAUUGUCGACGUGGCCUGCUGGGAACGCUGCUCUUCUCCACAUCCCUGAUCAUCACGAUCGGUGUCCUGUGUGCAUAUGCUGCCAACCAGAACCUGAGCUCCCAGGUGAAGAACAUCCGCAGAUUGGUGAACAGCAACAUGAGGGACCUGCACACCUUUGUCAACGACACACCAGUACAAAUCGAUUACCUCAUAUCCCAGUAUGCUACAGCUAAGAAAAAAGUCAUCUAUGACCUUAAUAACAUAGGCCCACUGCUGGGGGGAAGGAUACAAGAUCAGCUGGAUAAGGAAGUGCAGCCUGCCCUGGACAGAGCACUGAAUAUGGCUGCAGUGAAAAUCGAGAGAGCCAUCAAAGUCAUGAGAGAGACCAAAGAGGCUCUGGAGAACGUCAGUGUUUCUCUGGAGGUCCUUCAGGAGGGGACAGGGAAACUCAACACAGACCUGAGUUUGGUGCGAACAGGUAUAAACCAAACCCUCAACAAUCCUGCCUGUAAUGUGGUAGACUCUGACGCCACCAUUGCCCAGUUGUGUCGCAACAUUCGCCAGUCACUGCACCAGCUGCAGAUCAGUGCAAACUUCAUAAGGCUGCCCAGUGUGAACCCUCAGCUGGCUAAGAUGAAUGAAGUACUGAAGACAGACCUCAGCAGCAUCAUCAAGAAGGGUUUUUCCUCAUUAAAUGACACUCCACGUUUGGUGUCUGAACAGACCAGGAUCAUUGUGGAGAGUAUAUUGAAUCUGGUGGACGGGAUUGGUCAGGACAUCAGCAGCUUCUCCAAAAAAUUCCCAGUAAAGAACACCCUGUCAAACCUCACCAUCUUUGUCAACCAUGCUCAUGCUAAGAUCGAGGACCACUACCCCGAAGUGGACAAAAUAGACUUUUACAGGUGGAUUUGCUGCAUUGCUCUCUGCUGCAUGAUUGUCCUGGUCCUGGCCUUCAACUACCUGGGUCUGUUGUGUGGCACUCUUGGAUACGACAAACACGCCUCACCCACCACGCGAGGCUGUAUCUCCAAUAUGGGAGGGACGCUACUCAUGGCUGGCGUCGGAUUCAGCUUCAUCUUCUCCUGGCUGCUGAUGGGAGUGGUGACAGUCAUCUUUCUCACAGGAGGGAACAUUGAGAAACUUGUCUGUGAGCCUUUUCAGACCAAAGAAAUCUUUAAAGUUGUGGACAGUCCAUAUAUGGUGAAACCAGAGUGGAAGAAUUUCAUCCCUGGACUUAUAUACGACGACUCUGAUCUUGAUCUGACUGCAGAGAGCCUGUACAGCACAUGUAAGGAGAACAAGGGCAUCUACCAGGCCCUGCGUAUGGACAAAGUCUUCAAUGUCUCCUCUUACCUCAACACCACAAGGUUCACUAAGGAUGUAGUGGGUCAUCUGGACAACAUCAGGAUCAACCUGAUAGGAAUCAUCCUGUUAGAACCAGAAGGGAAGCAGAACCUGCUGGAUUUCUCCGAGGCCGGACUGUCAGAGAUUAACUACGCUGACUAUCUGGAAGAGGUGAAUAAAGGAGUGACUGUUGUCGACCUGCGCUCGUUUGCCGCAGAGCUGGAGGCCCAGGCUGACCUCAUGCCCCGAGGUUCUCUCCAGAUGGCUCUGACAGGUUACAGCAGCAGUCUGAGACAGAUCCACAGCCAGCAGGUCAUCCCCAUGGAGCAGGCCAUGAAAUAUGUUAGAGCCAGGAGUGCAUUAAACCAAAGUAUGAGGUUUUUGGAAAGAACUGCCUCAGAUCUGCCUAACAAACUUGUGGCUGUUCUGGAUGCAGUUGAAGCAGCACAGUAUCUCAUCUCUGUGAAUUCCACACAUUUAACCAAUCAGGAAACGAACAAAUACUCAGCCACCAUCGUUGGUUACUUCAAUCAGUACAUCGACUGGAUCAAAGAAUCUAUUGCUCUGGAGGUUGCACCAUGCAAACCAUUUAGCAACAUAGUGGACACUGCAGAAAUCAUGACUUGUAGUUUCCUGGUGGACUCUAUGAAUGCCUUUUGGAUGGGUCUGGGCUGCAGCACACUCUUCCUGCUGCCGAGCAUCAUCCUGGCAGUGAAACUGGCCAAAUACUACCGCAGGAUGGACACGGAGGAUGUUUACGACGACACUGAGACAAUUCCCAUGAAAACUAUGGAAAUUGGUAAUAAUGGUUAUCAUAGGGAGCAUACACAAGGUAUCCCAAAUCCAAUGAUGCCCAGCGUCAGCCAAAGUCCGAUGAAUGUGCACCUGAUCAUUUUGUUCAGAGAGAGCAUUCCCCCCUUUGACACAAUGAACAGGUUCCCGAGGGCCUCGGCUCCACCGAGGCACAUUGACUGGUGACAGAGUCUUGGCUCCCUAAAGUGCCGUCCAAAACUGGAAGUGAUAUUGCCUGUGUUUCACGAUCCCAAGGACCAGAGGACUCAAACUGGACUUAAAAAUCCUGUGCAGUUUUUUUUUUUUUCCCACAACCAGGCUGAUCACUACCUAUGAGAAACUCACAAGACCUGCUGCUCAGUUUCCUCUGUCUCUAUCAAUAAGAAACUGUCUCUGUGCAGGACAUACAACUCCAAAACUGAGCACACUGAACCAGACUCCACCUGCACUUUUUUUUUAAACACACAGCUGCUGUGUCUGCGUUUACAUGAGUUCAGACACUAGAGGGUGAACGCCACAAUAAACUUGUUGCCUGUUCAUUUUAAUGUAUAUAUUUGUUUGUAUUCCAAACAGACUGUGGCUGAGAGGAAAUGAAAACAAAGGUUGUGGAACAAAAUUACGUAGAACUAAAAUUUCUUUCUUUCUUUUUUUUUGCUCUUGGACUUUAAAACUGAUGCGUCGUGUUCAUCAGAAACUGCAGAAACAAAUGUACAGAAAGUAGAGAUGGUGCAAAUUAACCUAAAACAUAAUGUAUUAAAAACAGUUUUGUUGAAAAACAAAACAAAAAACUCAAACUCAGUCAUCAUUUGUAAAGUGAUCAGCCAAUACCAUACCGGAAGAGGUACAGGGAGAAAACAAAUAAUACAAAAUAGAACAAUAUAAAAAAACAAGAAGUCCAAUAAGCAGAAGUUAUUUUUCUAGUGUAUAGCAACGUCCUAAAUUUGACCUGAAGAUGUCACUAUUGCCUCAGUUUGCCAACUUCUUAUUUGCAACGUAGGGACAUUGCAACGUAAUUUUCCGAAAAGAAAAAAAAAACGCCGACUCACUGUUGCAGCAGAUGGUGGAGUGAAGUGUCUUUAAAAGACCCAGAUAUAUUAAAUGUCAUCUUAACACUGUCAUCUGACCCGUCCUGCAGCAGAAGCAGCUCAAUCUGCCACAACGGAUUAUUGUUGAAGUAAAUUCCUCAUCAGUCUGAACAAAGGUCCACAACUCUGGUCACAUCGGGAUUUGUUCUGUAACAGGAGAGAGGAGUUCAGGGACUGCAGAUGAAAUGAUUUUGGUGAGAUGGUUAUAAUUAAAUCAUGGUUGAAUCAAUCGUAUGAAUGUGGUUCCUGUUGUUUAAGGGAUGAGAAGUUCCAAUGGGGAGCAGAACUUUGGUCCCAAUGAAGCAGAAUUGACCAAAAAACAGAUAGAAAUUGUCUAAAUCCUUACAAAAAAAUACUGCUAAUAUAGCUGCAAGCAAAUUAAAACCUAAAAUUUUGAUAGUUACUUUAAAUACUAUAAAAUAUUAGAACCAAUGCAAAAGCUUAAACAAAUACAUGAAUUGCCUAACAGUGAAAGAAUAGCUAUGAAUAACGAUGGCCUUAUUUGUUAAAGAAAAUUGACCGUUAAAAAGAAACUAGUCAAGAAGCUGGUGUAAUUCAUCUUCCCACAAUCGUUUUUAACAAAGACUUUUAACAAAGACUAAACUCAA